AUGUCUUACCUACAACUGCGUCUUGUGGCUUUAGUAAACCGUCUUUGGUUUGAAGUGUGUGUGAACCAGUACGAGGCUUUAAGAAGAUACGAAUGGAUAGUACGGGCUUCAAACCAAUCACGUCUUUUCCGCUGCCACAAUCUUGAUGCAUUUUACCUAAGAUCGACCUCAGCCCUACGAACAGGGCUUGUUGAGGGUAAGCAAGCGGAUAAAUCCUCUGCCCGUAACCUGCUUGCUGCGAAGCUCAACACCACUGCAGCUCUGCGGCUGAGGAUGAAGCGAGGCACUGGAUUGGGCAUCGUCAUAUACCUGCACUGGAACACGUGCAAGAUCUCGUAUUCCGGCAAGCGAUGA